AUGUCGGACUCUGCGGAUGCCAGAGCUCUUAAGCUCCGUAAUCUUCACGUUCCUGGCAACCCACUUGUCCUUGCAAACAUCUACGACCCUACCACAGCAGAGUUUGUUGCUUCACACUCUUCAUCUACGGCCCUUGCAACUACGAGUUAUUCCAUAGCGAAGGUGCAUGGCUUUGAAGACGAUUUCCUAGAUCUGGACACGAAUCUGAACGCCAUAAGGCGAAUUGCUCCCAUUGCACUAAACUACAACAAACCCUUAACUGUUGACAUGCAAGAUGGGUACGGAGUGUGUCUAGAGGAGGCGAUUCAUGCCAUCAUCGAGGACGGCGUUUCCGGUUGUAAUCUUGCGGACCGCAGCAACAAGACAGGCGAGCUAAUGCCAUUUGAAAUGGCUGUCGAUCGAGUGCGUCGUGUGACUGUUGCUGCUGCGAAAGCCGGCGUUCCCAAUUUCGUUCUGAAUGCGCGGACUGAUGCUAUUGUUAUUAACAACGAUGUGGACGAGGCAAUUCGACGGGGUAAGGCGUUCUUGGAAGCUGGUGCCACCACAGCCUUCGUCUGGGGAGGGGCAAAGCGUGGUGGAUUGACUAGAGAUGAGGUAGUCAGGAUUUCAAAUCAGCUGGGUGGGCGCCUUAAUGUUAUCGCUUUGCAACAUGGGUUAAGUGUACAGGAGUUGGCAGACAUUGGCGUAGCGAGAAUCAGUGUAGAGUCACGGCUGUGGAUCUCCGCGUAUGCCGCGUUUCUGGAGGCUGCUAAGGGCUUGCUUGGAGAAUAUGAGGAAAUGAAGGCGUCGAGGAAGUAG